AUGCCGACAAGUGCACCUGCGAAGGCCACGCUCACGUCUCCAACGCCUCUGCCGGCGGGCGGGCCCUCGGAAGCGGGUGCGGGCCGGGAUCCGACGGCAACGUCCGCGGGCAUGGACAGCCACCGAACGUUCGUGGGUAGGUUCUAUCGAUGGUGCGAAGAUUGCAAGGAGGCGAGCGCCCGCGAAUCAGACUUCUACGAGUACAGCGGAAUUCCAACCCUGAACGGUGGCCGACCAACGCCAGCGCUGCCGCCCCACUACACCGCCAAGGGCCUUUGUCGUCAGAUGUGCCUCCCUUGUGACAAGGGCGGGAAUGGCGGCCCUGGCGACCACAUACCCCGCCGGGGACAGGUUGUCCGGCGAUAG